AGGGGACAAUGGCAGUAUCAUGUUAUCGGCUUCCUCUUGCCAAGAACUAAUAUAUGUUCGACCCUGUAACCGGGCUGAGUUACUUAACUCGCAAUGACGCAUACAGUAUUUGUUCCGUACUGGAGAAUAGAGGAGUAACCUAAUUCGUUUUGUCACUUACGAAUUACGAUCCGGUGUAAACACCGCAGAUGGCCGUUGGGUUAACCAUAUCAACCGCCAAACAUCUUUUCCCGCCAAAAAUCCCUAACCAUAAUUCAAACUUAUUAUUUCCCCAACUGAAAAAACUACAAUGUCUCUCUCAACUAACAUCCUGCUCAUCCUUAACAAACCUCCUUAAAAUUCACGCCCAAAUCAUUGUUUCUGGUCUCCUUUUCGACCCUCAAAUCACCGAAAAAUUCAUCCAUUUUUUCGCUUUGCAUCCCUCCAUUAGCAGCUUCAAUUAUACCAGCUCCUUUAUUACCCGAUACACUAACUCAUUACCCAAUCCCUGGAAUAAUAUUAUACGGGAAUGCGCAACAGGCGAAAAUAAUUCACCAAGAGACUGUAUUUUGGUCUUUCUUGCUAUGCGUCGUUCGAAUACUAAACCUGAUCACAUGACUUACCCGUACUUGUUUAAGGCGUGUUCUACGCUAUCGUCUUUUCGAGAAGGGAGGCAAAUUCAUGCUGAUGUAUUGAAGCAUGGUUUGGAUUGUGAUGUUUAUGUGUUGAAUAAUUUGAUUCAUUUUCAUGGGUCUUGUGGGGAAAUGGGGUUUGCGUGUCAGUUGUUUGAUGAGAUGGUUGAGAGAACUGUUGUAUCGUGGAACUCGAUUAUUUCUGCUUGUGUUGAGAAUUCGCUGUUUAGUGAUGGUAUUGAGUAUUUUAGGAGGAUGAGGGAUUUGGGGUAUGAGUGUGAUGAGACGACGAUGGUGAUCAUGCUUUCGGGUUGUGCUGAAAUUGGGAAUUUGAGUUUGGGGAAAUGGAUUCAUACUCAAGUGAUUGGGAGAGGGUUGGUUGUGAAUUGUCGACUGGGGACAGCUCUUGUUGAUAUGUAUGCUAAGUGCGGAGCAGUAGACUUGUCAAGGUCUGUUUUUGAUAGGCUUUUUGAACGGAAUGUAUGGACGUGGAGUGCUAUGGUACUUGGGUUAGCCCAGCAUGGUUUUGCGACAGAGGCACUUGAAAUGUUCUCAGUAAUGAAGAAGUCUACAGUGAAGCCUAACUAUGUGACAUAUCUUGGAGUUCUUUGUGCUUGCAGUCAUGCAGGAUUAGUGGAGUCUGCUUAUCAGUUCUUCCAUGACAUGAGGAAUCUACAUGGGAUCAAACCCAUGCUGGUUCAUUUUGGUGCUAUGGUAGAUGUCUUAGGUCGUGCUGCUCGACUUAAGGAGGCAUAUGACUUCAUUCUGAACAUGCCUCUUAAGCCAGACCCAACUGUAUGGAGGACUUUGCUUAGUGCAUGCUACAUUAAUGAUCCUAAUGACCAUGAUGGGAUUGGUGAGAAGGUAAAACGAAAGUUACUGGCGCUGGAGCCAACGAGAAGUGGGAACUUAGUGAUGAUUGCAAACAAGUAUGCGGAGGUUGGAAUGUGGGACAAAGCAACACAUAUGCGAAAUAGAAUGAGAAAAGGAGGAUUAAAGAAGAUGGCCGGGGAAAGCUGCAUCGAGAAACAAAAUUGUUCUCCAGAACCUCUGGUUCACAAUUUUUGGUUCUCAUUUGAACCAAAAUCUUUAUAAUCUUUGCAUGAAGAAAUACCUGAGAGAGCAUUGAGGCCAUUGAAGCAAGUGUUGAAAAAUGAGGUACGGCCAGCUGAAU